AUGGAUUUGGAUAUCAACGGUGAUGUGGGGAGGCUAGAUGCGGAACUAUUGCAGCUUCCGGAGGUGUCUUCUUUAGCAGUCAAAGCCAACCCUUAUGUGGCGGAGAGACUCUUUGAUCAGUGGCUAUCUCUUCCCGAAACCAAUUCGCUGGUGAAAUCCUUGCUCAAUAAUGCUAAAGGAGCUGGUGCGUUAAGUUUUUCCGGGACAUCAUCCAGCGGAAAUGUUACAGCAAGCAAUUCAUUGCCUUCAAUGUUUCCGGCUGGCAGCACUCCACCACUUUCACCUAGAAGUUCAUCGGGUUCACCUCGCAUCACGAAGCAUAGAGCUAGCCCAGGCCCAUCUGCUCUAGGUUCUCCACUGAAAUUAAUGAGUGAGCCAGUGAAGGAGCUUAUACCUCAGUUCUACUUCCUUAAUGGCCGGCCACCUCCAAAUGAAUUGAAAGAACGUUGUUUGUUCAGAAUCAAUGAGUUUUUCUACGGUCAUGUUGAUGGACUGCAAAUGCAUGAAUUCAAACUGGUAACAAAAGAAAUCUGCAAGCUACCGUCAUUCUUCUCUUCUGCACUGUUCAGAAAGAUGGAUGUCGAAGGCACGGGAACUGUUACCAGAGAUGCAUUUGUCAACUAUUGGAUUAAUGGAAAUAUGUUGACAAAAGAUAUAUCAGCACAAAUAUACACAAUAUUGAAGCCGCAAAAUGUCAGGCACUUGGCUCAGGAUGACUUCAAAUCUGUGCUUCGAGAACUAUUGGCAACUCAUCCAGGGCUGGAGUUUUUACAGAGUACUCCUGAAUUUCAAGAAAGAUAUGCUGAAACUGUAAUAUACAGAAUAUUUUACUACGUGAAUAGAUCUGGUAAUGGUCGUCUUACCCUCAGGGAGCUGAAACAUUCGAACUUAAUUGCUGCAAUGCAGCAUGCUGAUGAGGAAGAGGAUAUUAACAAAGUUUUGAGGUACUUCUCUUAUGAACACUUUUACGUGAUAUAUUGUAAGUUCUGGGAGCUGGAUACAGAUCAUGAUUUUUUAAUCGACAAAGAGAAUCUCAUCAGAUAUGGCAACCAUGCACUUACCUACAGGAUUGUUGAUCGAAUAUUUUCUCAGGUCCCCAGAAAAUUCACCUGUAAGGUUGAGGGAAAGAUGGGAUAUGAAGAUUUCAUUUAUUUCAUAUUGGCAGAGGAAGAUAAAUCAUCUGAGCCUAGUCUUGAAUACUGGUUUGUGUUCAAGUGCAUAGAUUUAGAUGGUAAUGGAGUUAUUACGAGGAACGAAAUGCAAUUCUUUUAUGAGGAGCAGUUGCACAGAAUGGAGUGCAUGGCCCAAGAGCCUGUGCUUUUCGAAGAUAUUUUAUGUCAGAUGGUUGACAUGAUCAAUCCAGAGAACGAGAACUAUCUUACGUUACGUGAUUUAAGAGGAAGCAAGCUCUCAGGCAGUGUUUUCAAUAUUCUUUUUAACCUUAACAAGUUCAUGGCUUUUGAGACACGGGAUCCAUUUCUUAUUCGCCAGGAGCGUGAGAACCCAAAUUUGACGGAGUGGGAUCGCUUUGCACACAGAGAAUAUAUACGGCUUUCAAUGGAGGAAGAUGCUGAAGAUGCCUCCAAUGGAAGUGCAGAUGUUUGGGAUGAAUCACUAGAGGCUCCAUUUUAA